AUGGGUUUCCAAUGCAACAUUGCAAUGAAGAUUGCAAUUUUAUAUUUCUUAUUAACAGGUUAUGAAACAAUUGCUGCUAGAUUUGAUGAACGUGAGGUUCCCUGGAAUUUAAAUCAAAACCGUGAAGCGGUGCAUCCUUUGGAUUACUGGGGGGAAUGGGAAAACCACAAAUAUCACCCUAGCCCCGACGACUGGAGAGUGCCGUUUUACACAAUUAUUUUAGACAAAUGGAAAGAUGGAGAUCCAACAAACAAUGAAGCGAACAACACAGUCUACGAGUACGAUAUACGCGAAACAGGAUUCAGAAGCGGUGGAGACAUCGUUGGAUUGAAAGAUUCACUGGAUUAUUUAAUUUCAAUGGGUAUAAAGGUUAUCUAUAUCGCUGGUACACCAUUCUUAAAUCAACCCUGGGGUGCAGAUCAGUACUCACCACUGGACUUCACUGUCCUCGAUCAUCAUUCAGGUACUAUCGCGCAAUGGAGAGAUACAAUAGAAGAAAUUCAUAGAAAAGGACUGUAUUUGGUUUUGGAUUUGACCGUGGCUACGUUAGGUGACUUGGUUGGGUUUAAGAAGUAUUUGAACACUACCACACCAUUUUCGUUGUUCGAGCAUGAAGCGGUUUGGAAAGACUCGCAAAGUUACCCUGAUUGGGAUUUCUCCAAUGAAUAUGAUCCAGACUGCCAACUUCCUAGAUUUUGGGGCGAAGACGGUGCUCCGGUAGUUAUUGACUACGUUGGGUGUUACAAUUCAGAUUUCAGUCAGUAUGGCGAUACUGAAGCUUUUGGUACGCAUCCUGACUGGGAACGUCAGCUUUCAAAGUUUGCAUCUGUUCAAGAUCGCUUAAGAGAUUGGAAGCCAUCUGUUUCCGAAAAGCUCAAGCGUUUUGCCUGUAUAGUGAUCUCAUCUCUUGAUAUCGAUGGAUUUCGUAUCGACAAAGCAACACAAAUUACAGUUGAUUUCCUUGCUUCAUGGGCUGCCUCCGUCCGUGAAUGUGCACUAAGACACAACAAAAAGAAUUUUUUCAUUCCAGGUGAAGUAACAGGCUCGUCCAGCUACGGUUCCAUUUAUUAUGGACAAGGACGGCAACCUGAUCAAAGACCAUCCUCACUUUGGUCUUCCUUAAACAAGUCGGAAUUAAUCAAGGAAAAUUACCUAAGGAAACCUGGGCUUAAUGCUCUUGAUGCUUCUGCGUUCCACUAUUCUGUUUAUCGCGCAUUAACAAGAUUUCUGCAUAUGGACGGUGAUUUACAAGUUCCCUAUGAUCUUCCUGUCGAAUUCACAGAACUUUGGAAUCAGAUGGCCAUCAAUGAGGAUUUUUAUAAUCCCAAUACCAAAUCAAUUGAUCCUCGCCAUUUGCUAGGUGUUACAAAUCAUGAUGUUUUCCGAUGGCCUGCUAUUUAUGAUGGCGUCAAGCGUCUUCUAUUGGGGACUAUGGUAACAUAUUUUCUGUUUCCAGGUAUUCCUUCAAUUUAUUAUGGUGAUGAACAAGGGCUUUACGUUUUAGAUAAUACUGCCGACAAUUACUUGUACGGUAGACAAGCCAUGCCUUCAUCACCUGCCUGGAAAAUUCAUGGUUGCUAUACACUAUUUUCUGAUCAGUACCCCAAUAUGCCUUUUACUAAAGCUUUAGAUGGUUGUAAAGAUGACUGGAAUACUCUAGACCACUUUGAUUUUGCAAAACCUGAAUUGCAAAUGCUUAAAAUUUACAACCAAAUACGUAACCAUUAUCCUGCUGUUAAAGAUGGCUGGAAGUCAAAAAAGAUUUCCAAUUGGACUAGUUAUUCACAAUUUCCAAACAGUGGAUCAACCCCAACUGAAAUCGGUAUUUGGAGCAUCGUAAGAGGAUUUCUUGAACCUCUUCAAAAUUCAACUGACUACCAGCAAGAGAAUUCAUGGGUUGGUGACUUAUGGUUUUUGUACACUAAUGAAAAUAAAUCUGUGACACUCGAUUUUCCUUGCUCUUCUUCAAACGCCAUUGUAUCUCCUUUUCGGGAAGGUAUUACUGUGAAGAAUAUUAUCUUUCCAUAUGAAGAAUACACCCUUCGUGAAUCAAAUACAUUUUCAGGCCAGUUCAAGUCUUAUCUUGGUUGUAUUCCUCAAAUUACUCUUCCUGCAUGGGGCUUUAAGAUUUUUGUUCCCAAAGAACGAUUUAUUGAAUAUCUUCCUCGUAUUACAUCUUUCAAUCCUACCCAUGAUGCCAGAUUGCUAAAUGAGAAUGGUCAGCACAAGUUCCAAAUAAUGUUUUCCGAGGAGAUGGACUGCGAUGAAAUUAGCAGAAAAUUGUCAUUUAUCUCUAAAACAGAAACAGGAACUAUUAUGGAACUUGACAAAGAUUCAGUCGUUUGCCAGAGAGUCAAUGAACCAGAAAAUGAGUAUUAUUUUGGAUACCCGACCGCAAAGUUUUCAUGGUCAGGCUUAUUAAUAAAUAUCCAUGAUGGAGUCCAUCAAAUUAUUCUUCCCGAGGUACAUACUAGCAAUCAUAUAUCGAAGAGCGAUUCUCUUUAUCGCGUUACACUUCGGUUCGGGAAACCCGAUAAUCCAGUGGUUUUCCAGAAUGCAACUAGAGUCCCCGAUUUGUUAGUUGAAGAUAAUGAAAUGUUGUACAUUAAACAUAAGGCAGCAGGUGCUGACUUAUUUCGAUAUUCUUUCGAUUUUGGCCUCAGUUGGUCUACAUGGGAACACUAUCAAGGUUCAUUGACAGAAUGCACCUCCUUUGCAAAAAAUAUUUCGAGGAAAAGUUGGGUUGGUCAUCACGUCUCAGUACAAUACUGGAACCGCAUUACGGCAUCACCAAAUCAUAUUCAGGAAGGAAGUAUAGGUAAACUUGGUUCGUUUCCGCAUCUUUUUAUGAAUGGCCCAUACAAUGAAUGGGGGUUUGAUGCAGGUAUCCCCAAUAAACUAAAAUUCAAUGAUGAUUUUACAUGGAGGAAAUCCAUUAUCAGUGAGGUAUUUCCUUCAAAAUUGCAAUUCAAUGUUUACAAUGUUGAUGAGUUUGGAAGGCCCGAUCAAAAAAGAGUUUAUGGCGCUAAUGGAAAUAGCUCCGUUCUUUCGCGACUUCCGCCAUCUGAGCUUAAGGAGUCUGUAGUUUUAAUUCAAACUCCACCUCCAAAAUCUUACUUGUCCUGGGAGGUAGUAAUCGAUGAUCUAAGCAAAACCUUCAAGUUCCUCCCUAAGGGGUCAUCAACUGUAUCCAUACUAUUUUUUGUUACGUUUGCAACAACACCUUUAUUAUCCGCAAUUCUAACUGUUUGGGGUUUCAAAACUUAUUUCUAUAAAGUUCGACUUAAUGAUGGUGAACAGCUAAAGACUGUUUGGAAAGGGAAGUUUUUCAAGCCUUUCCGAAAAGAUGAUCAAGUUCAACAACCUUUAUCGUUUGAAUUGGAAACAUUUCAGCAAUCUCAUUCUGCUAAAGGAAGAUUGCUGGCCUUAGUUGCAACACUCGAAUACAACAUUCCAGACUGGCAAAUAAAAAUUAAGAUCGGAGGAUUGGGAGUGAUGGCGGAGCUAAUGGGAAAACAUUUACAACACCAUGAUUUAUUAUGGGUUGUUCCCUGUGUUGGAAAUGUUGAAUAUCCUGUGCAGGAAGAAGUCGAUCCUUUAGAAGUCGUUGUCUUGGAUCAGAUCUACCAAGUCAAAGUUUAUAUUCAUCAUCUAUCUAAUAUUACCUAUUUGUUAUUAGAAGCUCCCGUUUUUAGGAAGCAAACCACUUCUGAACCUUACCCACCUCGCAUGGACGACUUGAGCUCAGCUAUAUUUUAUUCAGCCUGGAAUCAGUGUAUUGCUGGAAUUGCUAAAAGAUAUCCAAUUGAUUUAUAUCAUAUCAAUGAUUACCAUGGUGCCUUAGCACCUUUAUACCUACUUCCGAGUAUUAUUCCUUGUGUUAUGUCUUUACAUAAUGCUGAAUUUCAGGGUUUAUGGCCUCUCCGAACAUCAGAAGAAAAAUCCGAAGUCUGUGCCGUGUAUAACAUAUCUAUAAAAACAUGUACAAAUUAUGUACAGUUCGGGAAUGUUUUCAAUCUAUUACAUGCAGGAGUUUCCUAUAUACGAAUUCACCAAAAAGGCUAUGGUGUAGUAGGUGUUUCGAGUAAAUACGGAAAGCGCUCGAGGGAUAGGUAUCCUAUUUUUUGGGGCCUGAAAAAAAUUGGAAAACUCCCCAAUCCUGAUCCCGCCGAUACAGCCAGCAUUGAGCCUAAGAGUGAACUUUCUGAAGCUGCAGAAACAGAUGAAAAAUCUAUUGAACAAAAAAAGAAACAAAAAAGGGAAGCACAAAGUUGGACUGGACUUGAUAUUGAUGAAACCGCCGAUUUGUUGGUUUUUGUGGGCAGAUGGUCCAUGCAGAAAGGAAUUGAUUUGAUUGCUGAUAUAGCGCCAGUUCUUUUGGAAGACUAUAAUGUUCAGCUGAUUACAAUUGGUCCAAUUAUAGACUUAUACGGAAAGUUUGCUGCCGAAAAGCUCGAUUUCUUGAUGAAAAAGUAUCCAGGACGGGUGUACUCGAGACCGCAGUUUACGCAUUUACCUCCGUGUAUAUUCAGUGGAGCAGAUUUUGUCCUAAUUCCUUCAAGGGAUGAGCCGUUUGGAUUGGUCGCUGUAGAAUUCGGCAGGAAAGGUGCUUUAGGAAUUGGAGCGCGAGUAGGCGGUUUAGGCCAAAUGCCGGGAUGGUGGUAUUCCGUAGAAUCGAACACGACUUCUCAUACAAUUCAACAGUUUGAGGAAGCUUGUCGAAAAGCAUUAAGUUCGUCAGAGCUACAACGAGCUCGGUUGCGAGUUCAAUCUGCUCGUCAAAGGUUUCCUGUGUUAGAAUGGACAGCGAAAUUGGAUCACUUGAUGAAAAACAGUGUGAUAAUGAGUAAAAAAUAUAGAAAAGUUUCAGAAAAGACUUCGAAAUUUGGCUCCCGUUUCGUUUCCCCUCUACAAAAAAAUCUAUCGAGCGUACGUUUGCCUAACAACGAAAGCAACGAAAGCGUUUUUGACCAAAUGAACGACGAGGAAUGUGCGUCCUCUUCUCUCAAUAAUCAGUCCGACCUAAAUAGGAUGUAUUCCUUGGGAUCCAAAGAAGGACCCGGGCACGAGGCAAAUUCAAAUAAUGAAUUUCUCAUCGGACUUUCCAGAACGAAUAACAGUGAAAAUGCAGAGACCUCUGAAACCUCAGAGCACUCAUAUGAGCCAUCUGUGAGAAUAAUAUCUGAAUACAGUACUCCCACAGAAUUGCACAAUACUAGUGAACACGAGGUUUCGAAUAGCGAUCCCUCUUUUUGUCAGUGUUGUGGAAAAAAUGAACACUCCUUAUGCAAUGAUUCAUCAGAGGAUGUACACCAAGCAACUAUCUUACCCAACGAACGCUAUAAAAAGCAAAAUGACUCUCAGUUAAGUUUGGCUUCUGUCAUUACACUAAGUGGAAACAAAGAGUUUGCCUUAACGAAAACAGAUGAUGACUUUACGGAUCACAAUGGUAAAGCACUUGAGUAUUUUACCCAAAGCCUAAAGGAUCUUACUCCAAAGAAUUCUAAAGAUGAACUAUGCAUUGAGGCGUUUAUAACAAAAAUGAAAAAAGAAUGGUUUGAUGGUAUUCGAAAUCUGAGAUUUGGAAUUCAACGCCCCAAUAUGCUUCUUGACUAUGAAGACAAACAACUUUUAAUGAAUGAUCCUUUAAACAGAGUUACAACUAUACUGGAUAACAUAUGUGACAAGGAACUUAUCGAUGAUGAAGGUUCUUCUAUGGAUUUGCCUACAAGGCAAACAUCAAGAAUUAAAUAUUUUGUGCAGCGUAGAUUCGGUGAAUGGCCAGUCUAUUCCAUUAUUCUUUCUUUCGGGCAAAUAUUAGCUGCUAGUUCUUAUCAAUUAAUACUUCUAUCAGGAUCUUCGGCGCAAUAUGCCGAACAGCUAUAUAUUGUCGGUAGUAUAUUUGCAGUUUCAUCCGUUGGCUGGUGGUAUAUUUAUCGAAAGUUACCAAACAUCGUAUGUUUGACAUUGCCAUUCGGACUGUACUUUGUCGCUUUUACGCUCAUUGGAGUAUCUUCUUUUAUCCAAACAAGCACAACAUUUCGCAUAUGGAUUAGUUACUUAGCUGGAUGGAUAUAUGGCAUUGCUUCUGCUAGUGGAUCUUUGUACUUUUCUUUAAAUUUUGGAGAUGAGGGUGGAGCAAGCGUGAUUGCUUGGAUUAUACGAGCAUGUAUUGUUCAAGGAUUGCAGCAGAUAUGGGCGAGCUGCCUGUGGUACUGGGGAUCCAAAAUUGACCGGUUACUUCAAGACCAUCGGCUUUUUCCUCAUGAAUUUUAUCCUUUAGGAGCGGUAGCGGCAGUUGCCUGGCCCUUAGCAAUCUUGAUGUUAAUGUGUGGUGUGUUACUUAUUUUUGGAUUGCCCGAUUACUAUUGGCAAAGUCCAGGAAACAUUCCAGCAUUCUAUUCCGCAUUGCUAAGAAGGAAACUUGUAUUGUGGUUUUUAGUUGCAACUAUAGUACAGAAUUAUUGGUUAUCAACCUUAUAUGGUCGGUCGUGGAAGUACUUAUGGGGGAGCUCGAUACUUUCUCCUUGGAAAAUUCUUAUUUUUUCGUUUUUCUUUUUUGCGAUGUUAUGGCUGUCGACAAUGAUAUUGCUUGGAUGGAAAUCGAGAACUCAUACAUGGCUCUUGCCAGUUUUUGGGAUAGGAUUAGGAUCACCACGAUGGCUACAGAUGAUGUGGGGAACCAGCAAUAUGGGUGUUUACCUUCCGUGGUGUGGUUCGGCUAGUCCCAUCGUCGGUCGUAUUUUAUGGCUUUGGCUAGGAGUGUUAGAUUGUAUACAAGGAGUGGGUAUAGGCAUGAUACUUUUGCAAACUUUGACUCGAAGACAUUUAGCAACUACUUUAAUGGUUGGACAAAUUGUGGGUACAAUUACUUCGAUGAUAGCCAGAGCGACGGCCCCUAAUCGAAUUGGGCCAUCAUCUGUUUUUUUGGAUUUUACAUCUUGGCAAUUUGAAGAUGGACUGAAAAUCUUUAGAAACGCGCCAUUUUGGAUAUGCUUACUGUCACAAGUAAUUGUAAGUGUAGGGUAUCUACUAUUUUUCCGAAGAGAAAAUUUGAGUCGCCCUUGA